GAAGAGGUACAGCGAUGAGCGAUGCGGUGGUGAACGUGGAGAAAGAGGUGGACAAAGUGGUCAAUAAGUUUCACGAACUCCGGAAGCAUAACGAACAGACGCUCGAAGAGCUGAUCCAACAGAUCAAAGGCUAUCACAGAGAUCUGCAGACGUUGAGCGCUCCGGGCAAUGAGUUGACAGAAAUCCAAUGCGACCUAAUGUACGACAAUGUGAUCAAAAAAGUGCGAAACACAAUCACACAGUUCUCGGGAGAGCACAGAGACAUACACUCGUCGGUGUCCCGCAUCGGCAAAGCCAUCGACAAGAACUUUAUCUCCGAUUACGCCUCAGUCAACAACGACACGGUCUUCGAGUCGGCCGCCAACACACAGAUACUGAAUCAAGUGAUUGUCGAACACUUCCUCCGCCAGGGAAUGCUGGAG